AUGGGCGCCGCCUCAGCUAUACUUAUCGUCUUAAUAACUCUCCUUUUCCCACCGAUCGGUGUCUGGGUCGUUGCCGGGUGUGGCGCUGAUCUUUUUAUCAAUAUCUGCCUCACCAUCCUCGGAUACAUACCAGGUCACAUCCACGCCUUUUAUAUCGAAUACGUCUACUAUGAUCGUCGAGAGCAAGCCAGGGAAGGCCGAGUUGCUGCCCGCCGAGCCCCCGGUGUCUAUAGUGAUCGCGUGCAAACUGGCGGCGGAGGGUAUGGUACGAUAGUUCAACCACCUCCACACUAA